CGUACGUACGCACGCACGGCGACGAGAGGGCGGGGGAGGAGGGAGCGAUCUGAGGCGCCCCUCCCAGUCAGCAAGGUUGCGUGUGCCCCUUGCGGCAGCCAAGAUGGUGGUGGGCGCGUUCCCUAUGGCGAAGCUGCUAUAUUUGGGCAUCCGGCAGGUCAGUAAGCCGCUUGCCAACCGCAUUAAAGAGGCCGCCCGCCGAAGCGAGUUCUUCAAGACCUAUAUCUGCCUCCCGCCGGCCCAGCUGUACCACUGGGUGGAGAUGCGGACCAAGAUGCGCAUCAUGGGCUUCCGGGGCACGGUCAUCAAGCCGCUGAACGAGGAGGCGGCCGCCGAGCUGGGCGCCGAGCUGCUGGGCGAGGCCACCAUUUUCAUCGUGGGCGGCAGCUGCCUGGUGCUGGAAUACUGGCGCCACCAGACGCAGCAGCGGCGCAAGGAGGAGGAGCAGCGCGCCGCCUGGGACGCCAUGCGGGACGAGGUGGGCCACCUGGCGCUGGCGCUCGAGGCCCUGCAGGCGCAGGUGCAGGCGGCGCCGCCAAAGGGCGCCCUGGAGGAGCUGCAGGCGCAGAUGCGAGACGUGCGCGCCCAGCUGCACGCCAGGGACCUGCCGUCCACACCUGUGGCCGCAUCCACGUCCCAGGCAGUGUCCUCACCCAAGAAGUAGGAGCUUGCUGAAGCCUGAACUUGGACGUGGCCUUGUGUGCCCUGAUGUGACCUUCUCCCUGAAUUACCCCUGCCUGUGCUGGCCCAGGGGAAACCACCAGGAUGUGGAUGGAUGGAACUUGGCUUAGGUCACCCUCCUGCUGACCCGUGAUACUUCCUACUGUGACCAGCGGCCCCUCCAGCCUCUGACUCAGGUGGUGCAGUCCGCAGUGCUCAGCUCUCCCACCCACUCAAAACUGCGCAGACCCAGGGCCCAGCCAGCAGGACAGCAGGCUCACUCCUCUGGCAGAAGACCUGGAACUGGACUUGAGCCAGAUCAACCUGUCAGCCCCCAUUUACGAUGAUCAGUGUUAAGUUUCCCUGGGACGCUCAUCCUUGACACCAGAAUACCUCCUUCCCUUUGUCAGGUGGCGCCGACCAUUGUGAGGAAAUGUGCCUUUCAAUGUGCUUCUGCCUCCCUCACCUUCCAGGGUGGGCUCUCUGGGCAUCACUCCUCUCUUUGAGGGGAAAAAACGGGGGAUCUUGGCUUACAGUUGAUCCGCCAAAUAUUAUAUCUUUCCCCUUAACCUGAUCCAUGGUCUCUUCCCCUGAGACACUCAAAUGGAAUUUUCCAACAGAACCAACUGCCACCCCCUUCCCUUCUUUCAGUCUAGGGCACAACCCGCUGGAAUGGCUGUGCAGGGCCUUCUAGCAGUGCUCUGCCACUCCCACUGCUGGUGGAAGAUUCGGUCCUGCCAAUGGCUGGUCUGGACUGUCUUGCAGCCUGAGCCCUCUGCUUACCUGUCCUCAGAGUCCCGGGCCUUUCCUGACGUGUCCUUUCCUGCCUUCCCACCGUCUUCUGCAGUGGCGUCGCUCAGGGGACUGCCCGCCAUGGAUUAGAUGACCGCAUCCCCGUGUUCCAUCAGAUCUGUAGAUCUGUGUGCUCUUGCUCUCCUCUCAUGGGGCUCUCGUCCAACAGCCCCUCUUCACGCAGCGUUACCCUCCUGCCUCCAAUCCCCAGGUUCCACCUCCAUCCCACUGGGCUUGGCUACCAGUUACCUUUGUUAUUAGUUUCCAGGACUGCCAUAACAAAUUACCACGAACUCGGUGGCUUAAAGCAACAGGAGUUUAGGGACUUCCCUAGUGGUCCAGGGAUUAAGGCUUUGCGCUUGUAGUGCAGGGGGCGCAGGUUCAGUCCCUGGUUGGGGACUCCACAGGCUCCCUCCCUCCACAGGCUCUAGGGGAGGAUGCUUCUUGCCUCUUCAGCUUCUGUGGCCUCAGUCACCCCUGGGUUUGUGGCCACAUGUCUCCAGCCUCUGCCUCCAUCUUCCCAUGGCCUUCUCUUCCUCCCUGUCUCUUUGUGAAGACUCCUGGCAUUGGAUUUAGGGCUCACCCUAAAUCAAGGAUGAUUUCACAUCAAGAUCCUUGACUUAAUUACAUCAAAGACUCUUUGCAAAUAAGGUCCCAUAACUUCCUGGGUGAGACAGCCCAGGCAUACGUUGGGACUCCUGCCACCCCGUGGGACAUUUGGGGAAGCACGGGGGUGAGAGGAGCAGUCCGGGAACCAUCCUUCACAACGUGGCUUCUCUUCCAGGACUCACCUCUGAAGCGGGAGGGGUCUGGGCCCCACCAGGCAGCAUUCAGUCUUUCAGGCUGUUGCUGUUGUUUAGUUGCUAAGUCGUGUCCGACUCUUGCAACCCCAUGGACCAUAGCCCACCAGGCUGCUCUGUCCAUGGGCUUUUCCAGGCAAGAACACUGGAGUGGGUUGCCAUUUCCUUCUCCAGGGGAUCUUCCUGACCCAGGGAUCAAACCUGUGUCUCCUGCAUUGGCAGGCAGAUUCUUUACUACCGAGCCACCUGGGAAGCCCCUUUCAGUCUGUAGAUGUUGCUUACUUAAAGGAGCCCUGGAGUCAGCUGACGGAUGUUUGAGAAUCAUGCGCUGAUCUCCAGAACAGGUACAAGGCUUAUUAAAAUUAGAAGAGAAGCAAGAAAGAUGAGAGGGAGGUGGGCCACUCCGGGAGGGGGCAGAGAUCUCUACACAAUAGCGAAAGGAGGGGGUGCAAUUCUCUAUCAGAACAGCCCCCCAUUACACCCAGUAUCUUCGCAUUUGACGAAUGAGGUGAGACCCAUUCCACCUGUUUCCUAGCAGCUGUAGGUGGAGUGGGAGGGGCCAGCUUUCUCUCCCUCCCUCCCUCACCUCAUUUCCCCAGGGGAGUGAAAACCAUCUGGACACAAGACCUACCCAGAUAGAAAACCAAGAAGCUGGGGUUCUGAGACAGCAUCUUAAUUCCUUCUAGAAGAGCCUCCACUGAUGUAGAGGGAGCUGAGGAGGUGGGCCCAGGCAGGGAUCCUUUUAAAAUGGGAAGUGACUUGAGUGGGUUAAAUGAUGAAGAAGGCAAGAGACAGAGCUGGCACGGCAUGAUGGAGUGGUUGAUGGAGCCAGGUGAGCCGGCUCAGUACCUGUUUCCAUGGUUACCUCUGGUGGGGAGGGGUGGGGCCACCCUGGCGCUGACACAUCUCUGGAGCGGGGUUUCUGGAGGCCAGGGACUGUAGCUGCCCUCCCCGCAUCACGUCAGUGUCAGUGACAUCAGUGUCAGUGACCUCUCUUGUCAGUUAGAUGCGGUCAUUAUCAGAGUGGUGGCGGUGGUGGUUUAGUUGCUAAGUCGUGUCCGACUCUUGCACCCCGUGGACUGUAGCCCGCCAGGCUCCUCUGUCCAUGGGAUUCUCCAGGCAAGAAUACUGGAGUGGGUUGCCAUUUCCUUCUCCAGGAGAUCUUCCUGACCCAAGAAUAGAACCCCGGUCUCCUGCACUGCAGGCAGAUUCUUUACCAACUGAGCUACAAGGGAAGCCUCUGGUGGAGUUAAUUACUGAGUUCCAGUUAGGCGCGGGGCACUGUUCUAAGUGCUUCACAUAAUCGGCAUAACAUUAUUUUCUUUUGUUUCCUUGAUGAGGAAGCUGAGGCACAGAGAGGGAACGUCACCUACCCAGGGUCACACAGGAGGGGAAGAAGCAGAGGUGGGAAGAGAAGACGGGCAGUCUGGGUUGGAGCGCCUACCCCUGCGCCACCUCAGAUCUCGGACUCUGAACGCAGCCCUGAUGCAUACUCAUGUGUGGCGAGACUUUGUGGGGUGUAGCCGCUUCACCCACUGCGUGUGGGUGGGGUCAGCGCAUGUGAGGGGAAAGAAUCGCCCCCAAAACGCACAAGACCAGAGGAUGGCUCAUCGCUCUGGUUUCCUGCUAGCUAAAAUUUUGUAUCUAUUUGUGACUUGGGAAAAGGGGUUAGAAUAAAUUUGUAAUUCAAAUUGGGUGUCUUCAAGUUGAUGUAUUUUUCCCCCACAUUUAAAAAUCCCUGUUAACUUUAGAAAAGCUGUCCUUCGUUUAUUCUUUCAUUCAAAGAACUGUCACCGAGGGAAUUGCCUGGUGGUCCAGUGGUUCGGACUCUGCGCUUCCACUGCAUUGUGCAGGAGCUUGAUCCCUGGGUGUUGCCGUGCCUGACCAACAAACAAAAAACUGUCACCAAGGCGCCCACCAUGUUCCUUACCAUGUUCUGUGCAGAGCUGGUGUCCCAGCCAUGAAGGAGACAGCCCCAACCCUACCGCCCAGGGGCUUACAGUCCAGUGUUUCUCUUCCAGUGUUAUCUGCCCUGUGGUUUAUUUGGGAAGGAGGCACUCCUCCCCUCCUGAGGAGGGCUGUAAGCCAUAAGAAGCAAAUUCUUCAACAGUGGCUCACAAAAGCCUCAUCCGGUGUCCUGAGGACUCUGCCUCUCCCAUCUCCUGGCAGGCCCUGUUGACCCCCAUGUUAGUUUCCCCGUUGCACAGGCCCUUGCCUGGGGAGAGUCACCCCAGGAGAAAAUGGACUUCCUAAAGCCCCCACCUGACCCCCUGGCCCAUCACUGGGCUGGCCACUGUGAUGCUGUGGGCCAGGCUGGGGUCCCCCAGCCCCAUAGGCAGAAGGAGAGGAGAAGCAUGUCCAGAGGAGGGUAGAGAGGGCACCAUCUACCCGCUUACUGGACAGAUGUUUACUGCGCUCCUGGCUGCAUUCUAUCUAGUAGCUGGGAGUCAGCCAGGGACUAGACAAGGUUGCCGCUACCACGGAGCCAUCAGCUAGUGCGGGGACAUGGACAGUAAAGGAAAAAAACUAGGGUCUUCCCUGGUGGCUCAGUGGUAAAGAAUCUUCCAAUGCAGGGGAUGUGGGUUCGAUCCCUGGGGGUGGGGUGGGGACUGAGAUCCCACAUGUCUUGGGGCAAUUAAGCCCGCGAGCCACGACUGCUGAGCCCAUGUGCCACAGCUAGAGAGCUGUAUACUGCAACGAAGACCCAGCGCAGCCAAAAACAGGAAGGAAGAAAGAAGAAGAACUAAUCCCUGUCUGGGUGAUGAGGGCUGAGAAGAAAGUUUCAGGAGUAAUGGAGAUGGGGAUGUAAAUUGGCUGGUCAGGGAGGAGAUGCGAGGAUCCCUGUUGGCAGCCGCCAGAGUGAGAAAGGGUUAAUAGGCCCUGCAACGGUGUGGGGUCUGCCUCUUCCUGGACCUGCAAGAGGCUCUGCUACAAGAACAGAGCUGGGGUCAGCCUGGCGCUGCCUGUCUUUGGGAAUAAAGAUUUAUUGGAAUCCA